GACUUUCGUGGCGAUCACCGAGAGGGUGCUUUAUUAAAGUGAUUACGAUUUAAAAAAAAGCCCUUAUCAAGUAUCUUUUUUGCAGAAGUUUGCAGCUAGAGUUCAUAUUUUAUAUUCUUUUAUUUACCUAUCUUUUGGCACACGAAAAUGUUCAGUUCUAACGCAAGAAAUUUGAUGCGCAGCAGCUUGCUCCACCGCUGCAAGAGCACCUUAGUAGUUGCUGAGCACAACAACGAGGCGUUAAAUCCCAUCACAUUGAACACCAUCUCAGCUGCAAAGAAGAUCGGCGGUGACGUCACAGUUCUGGUAGCAGGCACCAAGUGUGGUCCGGCAUCUGAGGCAGUUUCCAAGGUCGAAGGUGUAGCUAAAGUACUGGUUGCAGAGAAUGCUGCUUUUAAAGGCUUCACUCCCGAGUCCAUCACUCCAUUGGUGUUAGCUGCCCAAUCACAAUUCAAAUUCACACAUAUUUUGGCUGGUGCGACGGCAUUUGGCAAAAAUGUUCUUCCACGCGUAGCUUCAAAAUUGGAUGUUUCACCUAUUUCGGAAAUUAUCGAUAUAAAGAGCGAGGAUACUUUUGUACGUACCAUCUAUGCUGGUAAUGCAAUACUCACUCUGCGUUCAAAGGAUCCCGUUAAAGUGAUCACAAUAAGAGGCACCAAUUUCGCGCCGGCUGCAGCCACUGGUGGCAGCGGUGCUGUCGAGCAAGCACCGUCUGGUGAUUACGCCUCACAAUUGAGUGAGUUUGUUUCGCAAGAACUCACAAAAUCCGACCGUCCUGAGCUGACUGGUGCCAAAGUAAUUGUGUCUGGCGGUCGUGGACUCAAGUCUGGUGACAACUUCAAGCUGCUGUAUGAUCUGGCUGACAAGUUCGGCGCUGCUGUUGGCGCUUCUCGGGCUGCUGUUGACGCUGGAUACGUGCCCAACGACUUGCAAAUCGGCCAAACGGGCAAAAUUGUUGCUCCUGAGUUGUAUAUCGCAGUCGGCAUUUCUGGCGCCAUACAACAUUUGGCUGGUAUGAAAGAUUCUAAGACUAUCGUAGCAAUAAACAAAGAUCCUGAGGCACCUAUCUUCCAAGUAGCUGAUAUUGGACUAGUUGCAGAUUUGUUCAAAGCUGUGCCAGAAUUAACAGAAAAAUUGUGAAACCCAAAGUCAGCAUUAGUAUCUGUUAUUAACCGUAGUGCAUUUAUUUGAUUUUAUUUUCGAAAAAACUCUACCAACAAUGUGUUGUACUCAUUAGCAAAUAUUAAUUUUUUUUAUAAUCGUGUGUGCAAAUUGGCAUUGCGUCUAUUAGGUAGUUUUCUCCUCUACAUUUUUUUUUUCGUUUAAGAAUAAAAGUGCUAAAUAUUUUAUAAUUCAAA